GCUGUUAUGGUGACGCUGCGGUCCGGAUAGCGGGAGCGGGUUCUGGUUUCCUUCCCUUCAGCCGGGAGCGGCGGUUCGCGGGGAGCGGCCGGGGGCUGGGAGCCGGGAGCCGGGAGCGGCGGCGAGAUGUCGGCCUCUGCCGUUUACGUGCUCGACCUGAAGGGCAAGGUCUUAAUUUGUCGGAAUUAUCGAGGAGAUGUGGAGAUGUCAGAAAUAGAACACUUUAUGCCUAUUCUGAUGGAAAAGGAGGAGGAGUGCUCUCUGACGCCCAUCUUGUCGCACGGAGCAGUUCGAUUCAUGUGGAUUAAGCAUAACAACCUAUAUCUUGUUGCGACCUCCAAGAAGAAUGCAUGUGUGUCACUGGUGUUCGCUUUCCUCUAUAAGGUGGUUCAGGUAUUUUCUGAGUAUUUUAAGGAACUAGAAGAAGAAAGUAUUCGUGAUAAUUUUGUUAUAAUCUAUGAGCUGCUUGAUGAGUUAAUGGACUUUGGUUACCCACAGACGACAGACAGCAAGAUCUUACAGGAGUACAUCACUCAAGAAGGUCAUAAGCUAGAUACAGGGGCUCCCCGCCCACCAGCAACCGUUACCAAUGCAGUGUCUUGGCGAUCAGAGGGGAUUAAGUAUCGCAAAAAUGAAGUGUUUCUCGAUGUUAUUGAAUCUGUCAACCUACUGGUCAGUGCUAAUGGAAAUGUAUUACGUAGUGAAAUAGUGGGCUCCAUCAAAAUGCGAGUGUUCCUAUCGGGAAUGCCAGAGCUGAGACUCGGUCUAAAUGACAAAGUAUUGUUUGAGAACACAGGCCGAGGGAAAAGCAAAUCUGUAGAGUUAGAAGAUGUGAAAUUUCACCAAUGUGUACGGCUAUCGCGAUUCGAAAACGACAGAACCAUAUCCUUCAUUCCACCCGAUGGAGAGUUUGAGUUGAUGUCUUACCGUUUAAAUACACAUGUCAAACCUCUAAUUUGGAUUGAGUCUGUGAUCGAGAAGCAUUCCCACAGUCGGAUUGAGUACAUGAUUAAGGCCAAAAGUCAGUUCAAACGUAGAUCGACAGCCAAUAAUGUUGAGAUUCACAUUCCAGUCCCAAACGAUGCAGAUUCACCCAAGUUUAAGACCACGGUGGGAAAUGUGAAGUGGGUGCCAGAAAGCAGCGAAAUAGUGUGGUCGAUCAAGUCAUUUCCGGGUGGGAAGGAGUAUCUGAUGAGAGCACACUUUGGGCUUCCUAGUGUGGAAGCUGAAGACAAGGAGGGGAAGCCCCCCAUCAGUGUGAAGUUUGAAAUUCCCUAUUUUACCACGUCAGGGAUACAGGUUCGCUACUUAAAGAUCAUUGAAAAAAGUGGCUACCAGGCCUUGCCGUGGGUUCGUUAUAUUACUCAGAAUGGAGACUACCAGCUACGGACACAGUGAAGCAAGAUGGCAGCUGAACAUUGACUGGGAGAAGAGAUCCAAUUCAGUGGAUUGUGUAAAAGUGUUAAGUGUAUUCAUCAUGUUUCAGGUCACUGUCAGAGCAAUGACUUUCAUGAAGAAGGUAAAGCAUGUUAAAUGCACUCAUUCAUGGACUGAAAGGAAAACAGGCACGGUUUGUCCCCUUAUCGCUACCCCUCCAUCCCGAUGCCAGCGCCAAAUCUUCCCCUUGCUCCUUGGUCCCUAUGAAUAGGUAGACUAAGUUUUUCAACUUUCUCUCUGAGCACCUGAACAUCAGCCUGAACUUCAGCUUGAACUUUGAGUGCUCAUUUUGAAUGUUCUUGAUGGGUUCAAACUUUGUUCUCUUUGCUCAGCAGUUGUGUAUUGAUGCGAGUGGGAUUUUCAUUGCCUGAAAGUUAUGCUCUAUGUGUAUUGUUUUGUCUCGAUCCCCAAGUGCUGAAUUAAAAUCGAACACCCAUAGUCAUGAUGGUCUCCAAGGGGAGUUGCCAUUUCUUUAAACCCCAUUUAAUGUUAGGCAGGCACAAAGGAAAAUCACCCACAAAACUAAGAAGAGCACAUAUCUGUCCUCACAAGUAUGAAAAUGUGCUCCAGGUUUCCUCCAAGUAUUUGUUUUGUUGUAGAACUACAACAAUAUUCAUAGUUAUUAUGCAACAGCUAUCCCCUGAAGUUUAGGAGCUGGCAUUACUUUCCAUUUGUUGGAGCCCAUUCAAAUUGGCCAAUAGACAGUGGACUUUGAAUUCUGCAAUCUGUUUCCCACGCCAACUGCCGCAAUGAAUUGCAGCUACCCGGGGCAGACCCACUUCACCGCAGAAUGACCAGUGCUUUCCUCUCUCAGUCUCUUUCUUUCUCUCUCUCGCUCGCUAUUUCACUUGCUAUCUCUCUCUCUUGCACUCACAUUCUCUCUUCCUCGGUCCCCUCUCCCAGUGUUGCUCCCUAUAGCGCUCUCUCUCUCUCGCACUCUUGCUCACGCUCUCUCUCGCUCGCACACUCUCGCACUCUCACUCGCGCUCUCUCUCUCUCUCACUUGCACGCUCGCACUCUCUCUCUCUCUCUCUCUCUCUCCCGCUCGCACGCUCUCUCAGUCCUCUCUCUCUCUUCCUCGGUCCUCUCCCUCCCAGUGUUGCUCCCCAUAGCGCUCGGUCUCUCUCGCUGUUCCUCUGUCCCCACCCCCCAGUGACACUCCCCAUCACACCCCUUUUCUGCCCAUCAGGUCUGCCUGUCAAUAUCCAAUAUCCAAGCCCUGCCCAUCCUUAUCUCCAGGAAAGAAGUGAAUUAAUUUUGAUUUUAGAAGAAAGCAGUAUUAAAUUUAUUUUUGUCGUACCAUUAACACUGCUGUGUGCAUCCACAGUCAGGACAAUGCCAUCCUGCUGAGAGCUGAUUGUGGACUCUUUCUCAGUACAAACCAAUAAUAGAUCUAAACCAAAGGCCCUUAAACAACAGGGAACACCAGCUGGCUCAGAUAGCAGGUCAUUUCAAAGGAAAUGUUGUCAACAGUUGUAUCUUUUGUAUGUUACUGUGUUUUUAGUUAUAUAUGUGUCUAAUACUGUAUAGAAUGUUUAAAGACAGUGUUAGAAAGGGUACUAUUGAUCAGCAGAUCUGAUCAUUGAACCUUAAGGGUACUAUUGCUGGGCUAGACUGCAUUAUCCAGCACCACCAUGACUGUGCACAAGACUGGCCAUGGAAGCAGGGAUCCACUAAGUUUGCGAUUCCUCUGCUAGCUGAAUAGCCAACUUGAGGCCGCACUUGGGUGAGACAAUGGCAAGCUGCUGCUGGUGUAGCACCGUGAGCCAGCACUGAUCAGUAUGUGCUACCUUGUGAAAACAAACAUAGGCAUGGGGAUGUUGGGAUAUUACCAGCCUCUGCUCAGAUACCCUCCACAGGCACAGCUUUUCGAUACUCAUCCACUUACAAUGCUCUGGAAGGCUCUCUGUCCUUGAAGGAAUUAACCCUGUAAAAGCAAAAUCUUCCCGAGAAUUGGAAAGGAAAGGGAAGAAUCACUUUUGAUGUCAGGAGGUGUAUGUGUAUUUCUCAAUAGUGUGUUUGUAAAUCUUUGUCCUUGAGUGUUAGUCAAAGGUGUCCUUCAGCAAGUUGGCAGCACUGAGGCAGAGAUGUGCUCGGUGCUGCAUCUGGUGGUGACCUUGAGCCGUAAGGGAUAGGUAUACCUGUGGCCAAGUGCAACGCACUCCAAAGCAACCUGGAGGGAUAGUGAAAGUCUCAGGACACCGGGAGCUAUAUGUAUCGAGCCUCUGCCUCCAGCAUUGGAGUAUUUUGAUCUGGUCUACAUAUAAUUAUUUUAUUCCUAUUCCUUUUAUUAAAAAACUAUAUCAAAAAGAAUUUCUUUAGAGUCCUACAAUUUUCCUACAAGUUGUUUUUGUUUUUUUUUCUUGGGGUGACAUCUUUACCCAAGACCAUGAAGCCCCAAACUCUGCUAUCCUUAAACCUGCCCUUGAAUGUCAUUGCAGAGUGGGGCAGUCAACUUUCAGCUGCUGCUUCUCACUGCAGGUGGUAGCUGUUUGGUAAAAGAUUCCUUUGUAUGAACUGCUGUUUUCCUUUACUUUCUGCACCCGGAGUGAGCCAAAGGUGCAUCCACAGUGCCAAUUCUUGUUGCUGGCUGGUAAUUGGAUUGGCCAUUCCUACAACAGUAAUGCCACAAGGCAAUGAAUGUCAAUGUGUGAUUCCAUAUUUUCUAAAGGAAAAAUCAGGCAGCAUCACUGGCCCUGCAGACUUCAGGAUGAACAUGGAUAUAUGUUAGCACUGCUUGGAAUGUGAGGCGGCUCUGUGGUAGUCAAUGGAUAAUUUGUUAGCACUGAAUGCCAUGCCUCAUAAACCCUGCAGCUUUGUUUAGUUCCACUUUUGUGUGGUGGAUCACCAGAGAAAUGAGGGGCUCUUCUGGUGAUCUCUUCAUCUCAUUUGAACUCUGUUAAUUCUAAAGAAACCAUUUUGUGUGUUGACUAUCCUGUAAAAAGGUUUGUGCCUGUGGUGGAUAACUUGAACAGUUGCAGUAUGUAAACAUGAGUGGUGGUGGAAGGUAUACCUGUGGCCAAGUGCAACGCAAUCCAAAGCAACCUGGAGGGAUAGUGAAAGUCUCAGGACACAGGGAGCUAUAUGUAUCGAGCCUCUGCCUCCAGCAUUGGAGUAUGUUGAUCUGGUCUACAUAUUAUUUUAUCCCUAUUCCUUUUAUUAAAAAACUAUAUCAAAAAGAAUUUCUUUAGAGUCCUACAAUUUUCCUACAAGUUGUUUUUGUGUUUUUUUUUCUUGGGGUGACAUCUUUACCCAAGACCAUGAAGCCCCAAACUCUGC